CACGGUCAAGCCUACCGGGAGGGGGUUUUUGCUGAACUGCUCCGCAACGAUCAUUUCAAUCGGAAACUUGAUCAGAAUUUAUAUUUAUAACAAAUAACGUCUUUUUAUUUAUUUAAAGUAAACAUAAUCUUCUAGGGAGCUUUAUAGAUAACUGUCGAUUCAAGUUCGUAAUUUGUACAGAAAAAAAGCUUUAACGUUACGGGAAUAGCCGGCUGUGCUAACAAAGAAAAUCCUUUCUCUUCAGAAAUAAUCCCCCACUACUCUCUUUAGUUAUGAGUCAUGUGGUCGUUGAUAAUCCACACGGUCUAGAUCAGCAGCUUGCUGCCCUAGACUUGAACUCGGCUGACGGACAAGGUGGAGGAACUGGCAGACGUUACAUUCCACCUCACUUGAGGAACAAAGAUGCUCCCAAAAAUGCAGGAAAUGCUUAUUCCGCUGGUAGACAGUGCGGUUAUUCAGUGGCACCAGUAAAUUUCUAUUCACCUGGAUGGGAUUCCGGACGCACCAAUGGCUUUGUGAAUGGUUACCAUGACAACCGCACAAACGGGGGCUUUGGAGGGCGUGGACCCCCACGCAAUGAUAGAGGUGGGCGUGGUGCCUACCGUGGUAACAGGGGUGGAGGUUCGUUUAAUCAGCCAUUGCAAAAUGCAGGGUUUGGCAAUUAUGAAAACAAAGAAGGUGGCUGGGGAGGACCUCCCAGGGAUGCGGCCUACAACAGCUUUGGGGGACGUUCUGAUAGGUCCAAGUCUGCCUUCUUCAACGACCGCGGGGCAGGCUCAAGAGGAAGAUACGAGCGUGGAGGUUUUGCUGGUGGAGGAAAUAGCCGCUGGGCAGAGGAGUCCAGAGAUGAUGACUGGUCCAAGCCCACUGCUCCUAAUGAGCGUCUGGAACACGAGCUUUUCUCUGGAAGCAACACCGGCAUAAACUUUGAGAAAUAUGAUGAUAUUCCAGUGGAAGCUACUGGAAGCAGUUGCCCACCCCACAUUGAAAGCUUCCAUGAUGUGGACAUGGGCGAGAUUAUCAUGGGGAACAUUAACCUUAGUCGCUACACUCGCCCCACCCCUGUCCAGAAGUAUGCUAUCCCAAUCAUCAAGUCCAAGAGAGACCUGAUGGCCUGUGCCCAGACUGGCUCUGGUAAGACUGCUGCUUUCUUACUGCCAGUGUUGAGUCAGAUCUACACGGAAGGGCCAGGAGACGCUCUGCAGGCUGCCAAGAACAGUGGACAGGAGAAUGGAAGGUACGGACGCCGUAAGCAGUACCCAAUUUCCCUUGUCCUGGCUCCCACCAGAGAACUCGCAUUGCAGAUCUAUGAUGAGGCGAGGAAGUUUGCCUACCGCUCAAGGGUGCGUCCCUGCGUUGUGUACGGUGGUGCUGAUAUUGGCCAGCAGAUCAGGGACUUGGAGAGAGGCUGUCACCUGCUGGUGGCCACACCUGGACGUCUGGUCGACAUGAUGGAGCGGGGCAAGAUCGGGCUGGAUUAUUGCCACUACCUGGUUGUGGAUGAGGCUGAUCGCAUGUUGGACAUGGGUUUUGAGCCACAGAUCAGACGUAUUGUGGAACAAGACACAAUGCCACCAAAAGGCAUCCGCCGGACUAUGAUGUUCAGUGCUACCUUUCCCAAAGAGAUCCAGAUCCUGGCUCGUGACUUCCUGGAGGACUACAUUUUCCUUGCCGUGGGGCGUGUUGGUUCCACUUCAGAAAACAUCACCCAAAAGGUGGUCUGGGUAGAGGAGACAGACAAGAGGUCCUUCCUCCUUGAUUUGCUCAAUGCCACCGUUAUUCCCAGUGAGGUUCAGGAAAAUGUGACAGAAGCCCCAGAGAAAACGGGUAAAGACUCCCUGACUCUGGUGUUUGUGGAAACGAAGAAAGGAGCCGAUGCACUGGAGGAUUUCCUUUACCGCGAGGGUUAUGCAUGCACCAGCAUCCACGGAGAUCGAUCCCAGAGAGACAGAGAGGAGGCUCUGCAUCAGUUCCGGUCUGGACGCUGCCCCAUCCUGGUGGCUACAGCUGUGGCUGCUAGAGGUCUGGACAUCAGCAAUGUGAAGCAUGUUAUCAACUUUGAUUUGCCCAGUGACAUUGAAGAAUACGUUCACCGUAUCGGCCGUACGGGACGUGUGGGCAACCUCGGUCUGGCCACGUCGUUCUUUAACGACAAAAACAGCAACAUAACCAAAGAUUUGCUGGACAUUCUGGUUGAGGCCAAGCAGGAGGUUCCCUCCUGGCUUGAGAGCCUUGCCUAUGAGCACCAGCACAAGAGCAACAAUCGUGGGCGCUCUAAGAGGUUCUCUGGUGGUUUCGGAGCUAGAGAUUACCGUCAGACGUCUGGCUCUGGAAGUUUCAGUAACAACCGUUCAGGGCGCAGCGCUGGAGGCCAUGGAGGAAACCGUGGCUUUGGUGGAGGUGGAUUUGGUGGGAACUUCUACGGCAGCGACAGCUACGGAGGAAAUUACAGCCACUCGGGUAGCGUGGAUUGGUGGGGAAACUAGUCACCAUAGGAAUAGGUUGCCAUGCCAACCCAAUGGAAACCACAUGUUGACUUAAGCCAGACCAUUAAAAAAGAAAAAAACCUUCCCUGUGUAGCUUCACUGACACACAGUACAUUACCAACCCUGGUUCUCUGCCAUUCGCUUCUCGAAAAGGAAGUGCAGCACGAAGCAACGGAACGUCACCAGCACGUGCAGCACGCCGGAGACCGCAGAGAUUUCGCACACCUCAGAGUGAGCAUGGAUGCUGACAUGCAUUGUCCGACAGCAACCUCGGACUCUCAUCGUUAAAAGUAUUUUUGUUUUGUUUUGUUUUUUUGUGGGGGGAAACCCAACCGAGUAGCCUGAGGAUCAUUUGUAUGUUAAUGUACUGUGCCUUUUGAAUUUAAACAGGAAAUCUAUGUUUUCAUUUCACCAGAUGAACCUGGCCAAGAGCUAAAAUUUGUUUUACUAUGACUUUGUUUGGUGAAAAAUAUUAAAGGGUAAAAUAAGCUUGGAUUUGAUCAAACCUUGGCAAAUACUGGGGUGUUGUGGCUCUCAGGAGCCAUGACUCCAUUUGAACUUCAAAUUUAUUACAGGAACAUCAUGUAGCCUUUUCUAUACUCAAACAGCCAAUGGCGCCAUUACUAUAUCUAAUACAAACUGGGCCACUCUGUGAGGUGACCGUAUUUUAAUCGUAAGGGACAAAGUUACAUUUGUGUUCUUCUUUUUUGCUCACUCUAUCCUGGACAGGCUCCUUUUUUACGGAAAUGGUAGUCUUUGAAAUAGCCAUUCCUAUCGUAAUCUUAAGAAACACAGAAGUCAUUAAGCUCAGUGCCAACGAUCGCUGAGGUUGAUACAAGAAUAAUAAAUGCUGGAACUUGUUACUCCAUGCUUUUCAAUUGACUUGACAGUGUUACGGCAGCUAGUAUGUUACCGAGUGCUAGCUACAUUAAGUGGGCGGUGUUUUUUGUUUCUUUUUGCGUGAGACCUUUUUGAUGCAGGUGCGUGAAAAGUUAAAAAACUGAGUCAGUUUUUGCUUUGUUUUCUUGUUUGUUUUCUUGUUUUUGAAUAGUUUCUCUACAAAUGUGUAACAAGACAAAAAUGCCUGCCAUUUUGAAAGUGAAGUUCAAAAUGGCUGCAUAAAGGACCACAGCAUCGGGGGGCAUAGCGCAGUGUUAGUGUUUACCUGAAUCGACCUGCAAUCACGAGGCCCACACGGUAUUCUACGCUUGCAAGUGUUUUGUUUUUUGGUCAAGGAGAAAGGACACGUGAACUGAGUCGCAGGCUUAACUUAAUUACAAACGUUUUCUCUUUUCAAGCUGCGUUGGAGGCAUGGUUCAUCUUAAGGAGACAGGCAUUUGAAUAAUCACUGAGGUUUUUCAAUUAAACAGCGAGGAACGGAUGCAGGUUAGAGGAACACUCCGACCACUGGGGUUAGGGCUUUAGGGUGGGGGGGGGGGGGGGGGGGGGUGUAGGCGAUGGGCGCAGCUUUCAGUGCACCGCCAUUGUCAGUGGCUUUGGUUUCCAUCGCUGCGUAUUGUAACUGUGGACGUGGCCAAAGACUGGGGGGGUUGGGAGGGGUGGUGUCUACUUCCUUUAUGGAAUAUUUAAGUACUGUCAGGUCUUCUGGGAGUUCAUCUGCUCAGAACUGUAUAAAAAUGAUAAAGACAAAAAACUCUGUGGCUUCGUGAAGCCAGAGCAGGCUUCUCCUCUUAAAGAGGAGCAGCCGUGGAGAGGAGGGGAAGACACGCAUGGGGCGUUUCACCUCAAAAUGCUCCCAGUUUUCUCAUCGGGUUUGUUGUGCCUUGAAACUUUUUUAUUUAAGAAAUCAAAAUAAAAGUGGAUGCACUGACAGUGUUGAGAACUUGAGAUUGAAUGGUGCUACUUGAUUUAGGUGUGUAGGCCCUCGUAUGUUGUGCCCAUCGAGUUUUACAAAAGUUGUUUUAUUGCACAUCUAGAGUUUUAUAUAGAUGUCUUGGAUAUGUGUCCUUAAGCUUCCAAAUAUUGUGUGAGGAGACAGAGGAGGAGAAAAAAAUAACGCAGCUUGUUUACAAAGGGGAAGGGUUCUCAAUGUUAAAAACCAGGAUUUAUUUGGGACCAGGGGAUUUAGCAGUCGGGGGGAAUUUAGCCAUUUGCACAGAUUUCUAGAUUCUACUUUUGCUGCUAGUUUUGUGUAAUUUAUUAAGCAUUUUUGACAAAUAUUUAUUUUUGUAAGCCUCAGAGUGAUUCUUUGAAAGUUUCAGAAACUUGACCAAAAGACAGUUCAAAAAAAACACUGGCACUUGAAUGUUGAAUGUCACCUGUAUGCGUGAAAUUUAUAUAUUUCGGGGUAGUGUGAGCUUUUUAAUGUCGAAGAUACAUUGGACUCAGUAAAUAAUAUCCACAGCUGUUUCAGGGCCUCCUCAGGGCCAGUCAUCUCUAUUAGAUAAUACUAAUUGGUCAACGAAAUUUGAAACAGAAUCUUAACAAACAUGCCAAGGUUUGGAAUAAUGCUGUCUAAAAAGCAAGUAAAUUUCCUAAGCAUAUCAGUGCAAAAGUGUUCAGAUUCUCCAAUUGUGUGCAUUAAUAACUCUUUAUUCUAAUUUGACCUGAUGAUUAUUUUUCUCCAGUGAAUGUCUGGCACAUGGCAAUCCUUAAAGAAACAAACAUGUGGUUUAUUCUCAUUGUUGUAUUUGCAUAUAUGACACCUCUGGUGUUCUCUGGGAAUGUGGAGCAGGUCUGCAGCGUUGAUCUUUUCCGCAGUAGCUCUUUGGGCUGCUGGGGAUUAACAGGAGGCUCUGUGCAUGCUGACUGCAGGCAGAACCCGGAGACUUGCUCCACGAUCUGCGGAGAACCUUUGAGCUCUUUAGGUGUAGACUUUGCUUUCUGUAUUAGCUUAUAGGUAACUGCACUGCAUGGGAAAUACUCAGCUGUGCAAAUUGUAUGAUUUUACCAAAAUAAAAUGUUUGAAUGCAAAAGUAUCUGGAUAAAUCAAGCAUGUUUCAUCGAAGACUUGUUUGAUAUAGACAUGCAGAGAAAACCUGUAGCAAGCAGCCUGUGGCCAACGGCCAGCAAAAUUCAAUUUAAUAAUGGUGAUUGGAUGGAUGGGUUUCAUUUCUUUUGAAGAAACUACAUAAAGAUUUCAUUUGUAAAUUAAA